AGAGUGGAGAGGAGGGUGGGCUUGAGAAAAACACCAUGUCCUUUUAAGGUGUCAAUUUCCUUUUCUCUGCCCCCUCACUGAAUACCUUGUUUUUUUAUUUCUCUAAUGGUAAAGACAUCUACUCCUGAAACAGCAGCAGGGACGACACUGCUGAACUCUUGAAUCUAGACCCACUCACACAAAAUCCAUCGCUCCAGGGUGACUGGGGACUGCACGAAGGACAAGGUCAUCUUCAUUUUUACUAGACAGGGAACUAUGGCAAACAAGGGUCCAUCUUAUGGGCUGAGCCGCCAAGUGCAGGAUAAAAUUGAGCAGAAGUAUGACACUGAACUGGAGGCACGUUUGGUGGAGUGGAUUGUGGCUCAGUGUGGGCCGGCGGUGGGAAAGCCAGAGGCAGGAAAACUGGGUUUCCAGACCUGGCUCAAAGAUGGAUGUGUUUUGUGUGAGCUCAUCAAUAGUCUGUGUAAGGACAAGCCCGUAAAGAAGAUCCAGAGCUCCAGUAUGGCUUUCAAACAGAUGGAGCAGGUGUCACAGUUCCUCAAUGCUGCGGAGCGAUACGGCGUCAUCAAAACCGACAUGUUUCAGACGGUAGAUCUGUGGGAGGGAAAGGACUUGGCCGCAGUGCAGAGGACACUCAUGGCUCUGGGUAGCAUCGCGGUCACAAAAGAUGAUGGCGCCUUCCGUGGAGAUCCCAACUGGUUCUUCAAGAAAGCUCAGGAGAACCGAAGAGAUUUCUCUGACGACCAGAUGAAAGAGGGGAAAAAUGUCAUCGGCCUGCAGAUGGGAUCCAAUAAAGGGGCGUCCCAGAGUGGCAUGACAGGCUAUGGUCGACCUCGACAGAUCAUGAACCCAUGAGCCAAUCUUUCUUCCCUCGGUUCCCUGACCAUCGACGCAUCCUAAUCAUUUGACUCCAAAUGUUCCUUUCAGAAUAUGACCAGAAUGAUAGUGUAAUAAAUAUAAAUAAAAAAAAUAACACCA